GCUCAACUUAUGAAGUUUUUUGUCGAUAAAUAAGAGAUAAAUUGUUGUCUUAGCUUGUUAAUAAGAGAUUUGGAAUUCAAAUUCUAUUUACACAAAAAGUCAAUUGUUGUCUUAGCCUACUGAUAAAAGAAAUCAUUAAGGAGUGGACAUGAUAGAUUUAAAUUCAUCAAGUUGAUGAGGAAGCAGAAGCUAUUUGCAGAAUUCCUCUAAGCCGAAGAGAUGUACCUGACUCGUUUGUGUGGCUGCAAAACAAGAAUGGGAUGUAUUCAGUUAAGUCUGGGUACCAUGUAGCAAGGAAAGUGAUGAGAAAAGAUGAUUCGGUUGAAAGCUCUAGAGGUAUCGGUGGUCAGCAGGUGUGGAAGAAGAUUUGGCAGCUGCAUGUGCCAAAUAAAAUAGAGGUUUUCAGGUGGAGAGCAUGCCAAGACAUUUUACCAACACAAGUGAACCUUGUUCGAAGAAGAAUAAUUUCAGAUAAUGGUUGUCAAUGCUGUAUAGGUUAUCAAUAGCUGAGUUUGAAUUGUUCCUUGUUCAAGCUUGGCUCAUUUGGAACCCGAGGAAUGCAAUUGUACAUGGAGGGCAGAUCAAGGAUCCGAAGUGGUUGAAAAAGAGAGUAGCGGAUUAUUUGGAGGAAUACAGGAUGGCACAAGAGCAACUAACUCUUCCAAGCACGACACAGCCCAAAAACACUUGGCAACCUCCUCCUCCAUCAGUGUACAAGCUCAAUUUUGAUGCAGCUAUUUUUGCUGAACUUCAAUGCUCGGGUUUUGGGGCAAUAAUCCGUAACUCAGAUGGGGAAGUGAUGGCUGCAAUGUCUGUCAAAGGACCCUCAAUUAACAGCAGUGAAGAAGCAAAGGCUCUGGCUUGUAGAAAGGCAAUAGAUUUCUCAAUGGAAGUAGGCUUUUCAGAGCUACUAAUUGAAGGUGACAAUGCUACAGUGAUGAAGGCAGUUUCAAGUUCAUCAGGAAAUCACUCCUUGCCGGGACAUAUUUAUGCGGACAUCCAAUGCUAUCUCCGUGGGCUGCAAUCAGUUUUAAUAAGCAGCAUUAAAAGAGGGGGAAUAAGGUAGCGCAUAUUUUGGCUCGCUAUGCUUGGAACAUUAGUGAUGAAUUGUAUUGGUUGGAAGAUUCACCACCACCUAUCUUAAAAGCU